CUGAGGCGCUUACCAAUAACAACAACAAUAAUAACAUCAUUGUAGCAUUAGCCGAUGCCAAUCACAAUGAAGCGCCCGCAGUCGCUUUAUUGGGCGCCAACACAGCGGGUAGCGCAGUUAGUGCCGGCGACGGCGGCUCAAUGAAGCGUGAACCACGUUAUCUAAGCGUUGAGCACAAUACCGGAUGCGCACCUGCAGCGCAUACUAGUAAGCGCCACCACCGCAGCUCAUCCGCCUCCAAGCAGUCAUCAUUGUCCGUGACGCGCCGCAGCAAGGACAUACCGGCGCCACCGCCACCAUCGCCGGCCACCUACUCAGACCUGCAGGAGCUAAAGGUGAACAUUGAGAACGCGCAGCAGCCAAAGCAACUGGAUGAGGUUGAGUUGAAAAAAUGCUCUGCCGAAAGACGCAAGAAGAAGCAUGCCAAAGCAGAUGGCGAAGCAGCCGAAAGCCAGACGAAAAGGGAAAAAGAAAAAGAUGCCCAGCGCCAGCUGUCAUUGCAAACAACUAAGGACGCGCAGUUAAGUCCAACCAAAAGUGGCAAACACGAUACAGCCAAGGUGACAAAGUUAAGACUUCCAGCAACAGCAGUGGCAACAACAGCAAUAAAAAAUGCUGACAGUUCUUUGCAUCAAGAUUUAUGUGAGCGCCCAGCUGUUGCAUUACUGACGGCCACAAAAUCAUCUGUGGCUACUGCGGUGCCUGUGGCAGGUGCUAAUUGCAUGCCAGAUGCCGCAACGAAAUUGCAGCAGCAACAACAACAACAACAACAACAACAACAACAGCCACAUCUUCAAGAGCGCACACAUGACAAGCUGAACAAUGCAAAUUGCAAUAGCAAGCAUGCCGCAGAGGCAGUCAAGCAACUGGAAAUGUGCAACAACGCACAUGCCACAGAUGAUGAUGAUGUCUUUUAUGAUGCGCGCAGCGAGGAUUCCGGUGGCACGGUGUCGAGCAGCUUGCUGCGCCGCCAAAAAGCAACAGCAGCGGCGUCGACGGCAAUCAGUGGCGGCAGUGAGCGACGCGGCAAGGCAACAACGAGCCCUGAAUUCAACCGGGAGCAACAGAACAAAGCAAAAGAAGAAGAAGAAGCAGCGGCAAGAGACGAGCCAUCACAUGAACACAUAGCCAGCGGCAGCGACAUUAAAUUGGACACGGACAAUGCUGGCGCAGUGCAGUCGGUCGCUACGAAUGACGAGGCCAAUGCGACCACAGUACAAACGAAAUCCAAGGACACGUUGGCGGCUAACAGCGAGAGCGUCAAAACUGACCGAACGAAAAGCGCAACGAGCAAAUCCAACAACAACAUCAGGACGACGACGACCAGCAGCGAAGCUGCCAAAAGUGCAGCAGCAACAAACGCUCAAGCAACGAAUGUGAUAAAUGUUGCUGCAGUCGGAGCAACAGGGUACUCGGCGAUGGCAUUGAACCUGGGCGACGAGGCAAAUGCAGAAAAUGCGGCAACCUCGGCAACUACAACACAGCCAGGCAGUAGUGAGCAACACCGAAAUGUAGGCGGCAGUGGUGCCUUGGAAGGUGGCAGCACCGGCGGCGGUCAUCACAGUCGGCGAGAGAAGAAACGACGCGCCGCCACCAGUAGCAGCAGCCGAGAAUCAUCCGGCCGACAACAUAAAGCAGCCACCAUUCCGGCAAUGACUAUAAGUUGCGAUACAUGUUGCCAGAUGGAAUGUGAGCAAUAUCAGCAACAACAACAACAGUAUACAUUGCUGUACUCACAGCCCAGCCGCCGCCAUGAGUCGCGUGCCGAAACGAAAACCAAAACAAGUAAAGCCGAAAGAGCGAACAAAAUAAAAGACGAAAAGUGGAGAGAGCGCGCCGUAGCAACAACAAAACCUAGCGCUAAUGAGCAAGCAACAAUUGCGCCAACAACAGCGCCAGCGUUGAGUGUGAGCACAAGCGUGUCAGCUGGGAAAGAGCGGGCAGACUCGCCGCUGUCGUCGUCGUCGCCGACAUGCGCAACAGCUAUGUUGACACGCGCGAGAGCCGAAGCACAAGAUACACAGCCAACUGCAGUGGAGACGCUGCAGCUGCCUGCUAUGGCAAUAACAACAACAACAGUAAACACCACAAUUACAACAAAUAACACAGACAUGAUGCAGGCAAAGGCAGUAAUAGUUGAGGAAAUUGGCGCGCAAAGUGCCAACAGCGAGCGCAACACUGAGCCAAACACGCAACAUGUUGCUGAGCAUGUUGCUAACAGCGCUGCUGCCCAUGAACAGUCUGUUAGCAAGUGCGUAGCAGACGAGGAACUCUCGGAGGUAUCCAGCGCAACAACAACAACAGCGACAACAACAAACGCCACCAUCAUUAUAACACCAGCUGAAGCCACAGCAGCAACAACAACAAUGGCAGAAAGUAGUGCCGCUUUAGUGGAGGCUGUAGACUCGGGUGAGGCCACAGUGGCCGCCAAACUGUUAACAGACUCACCAGCAGCGCCAGCAACAUUAACGCCAACGCCAACGCUGGCAGUGACGUCAACAGCGCCAACUGGCGUAGCCAUCACCGCAACAACUUCGCCAUGCACCAGUGCGGCCAACUCGACGGUCAGUUGUAUUUCGGAUAUCGCAGGUGUCACUACGCCUUCGUACAGCUCCGUGAAUCUGCCCACAAUAACCACAACAGCACAUUCAUCACUGGACUCCGAUCAACAAACUCCGCAACUCAAAGCGCCACGCGAUCAAGGUAAACGACCACCGCUCUACCGGCAGGACUACUCAACCUGCGUGGACUCGAGCGAAGCGCAGUCGGACGAUAGUCACCUAACGCGCGACUCUGUAACACGCGAAUCACAGAACGACGAACUCUCCUCGUCGACCCACGACAAACUUGACGUCAGCACACUACCGUUACCCGCGUUACCACCCAAAAAGCGACGUACACGCUUGCGCGCCAGUCCAUCGCGCCAUCAUAGCGGCAGCAGCAGUCGCCGUGGUUACGAGCAUGACACGGCUGCUAUUGGCGGCAGCGACGAACAGCGACACAGCAACAUAACAACUGGUGCGCUAAACUUGAAAGUAGCCAACAACGCGUCUGCUGGUCCUGGCAGUGGUAGUGGCGGCAGUUGUGGCGAAGCAACACCACACCUAUCCGCCUUCCAACAGUACGUGGCAAAGCGUCGCGAAAGUCUCGAGGCAUCAACGCGCAGCUUCAACGAAAAACUGGAAGCGCGUAGAAUGCAUUACCACAUGGGUGGUGGCGGCGGUAGCGCAACGGUGGGUGGACCCGCGGCCGGCGGUGGCGCUCACAUGCCCACCUAUCUGUUUGGUGAACAUUAUUAUGGUGUGCCCGCGAAAGUGACGGGCGCGCGCAAGUCGACACAUGGCAAUAAAGAGGAGAUCUUUCUCAACAAAUCCGGCUGGGUGCAGGUGAACACAAAGCGUAAUAGCGAUGAAAAUCGCGGUGGCGUAGGCGGUGGCGCUGGUUAUCGUAACGCCAGCUAUGCGCAUCAAAAUGGCGGUAGUGUUGAUGGUGAACGUGAACGCGAGCGUGAACGUGAACGCGACCUACGGCGUACAGUGCGCGUCAUACAAAUCGAUAAUACGCGACGUUCGGAUAGAGCGCGUCAAGCGCUACAGCAACAUCAACAAUAUUCGCUGGAUCCAGCAUUCAGUAUGGGUAAAUAUCCGGCCAGCAAAGUGGAGGAGCUUAUACAGCGCAAUCAAGCGCGCGCGGGCAAUGCGGUCGGUCCGGUCUUUGUGACAACGCGCGAUAACGCUUUGCGUCCAGGCUAUCGAAUCGUUGAUCCGCAGCUUGCUAGCAUACUCAAUGAACGUCCCGGUUUCCUGCCAGUGCGUAACUUACACGAUGCCGACUCCCCACCGCCGAUUACGCCCAUCCUCUCGCCACCGCCCGCUUUCCAAGAUAGCAGUAAAUCGAAAUAUGUUGACCGUCGCAAAACCAUACCAAUACGUCAACAUCAAUCAGCGUUGACCGCUAACAAUUUACUCGUCUCGAAUGUGAGUAACGGAAGCGCCGGCAAGGGUAUGGUGUUCUCACGCAGUUUUGAGUAUGAUGCGCGUCGCAAUGUGCCAGCCGACACUUAUGUCGAAACAUUUUCGCGCAGUUUCGAUGGUAAUCUAUCGGAGCGUCCACCACUGCAGCGCGAACGUUCACCGAACUUCAGCACGCUUACCGGCAAUUCACCCAACUAUUUGACAAAGAAAGAUUCGGGCGGCGGCAGCAGCGGGAGUUUACGUAGCCGUGAUAAUUCGCCAAAAUAUCAGCACCCACAAACCACUGCCUAUUUGAAUGCGUCCAUAAAGGAGGCGCCACCCGCCUACAGUUUGGCUAGCGCGAAUGCGAAUUCGAGCGCCAGCAGUCGGUUUUCACCGCGUUCGCGUCAUGAGCGUUCGUUCGAGCGCUCAAAGAGUCACAAUGUGUUGGUGCGCUCGCGAAAGUCACAGUUCAGUCGCGGUUCUAGCGGUGGCGCUAUUGUGGGCAGCCAACAACAGCCAAUGGUCAGCGUGGGUAUGUCACGUUUUCGCAGUUUCGACACGACGGCGAGUCAGCGAUUGAACUCAUGCGAUAGUGGCGCGAGAUCAGAUCUCUCUAACGACGAAUUGGAUUGCGAUGACGACGAAGGUUCGAAUGAAUUCCUCACCGCCAAUUAUCAUCACAGCAUAUCACCAUUGAAAACGCAACGACAACGUUCGCUAACGCCCGAACGUAACGAAUCGCAUAGCUCAUCGAGUAGCAUACGAAAGCAACGAUCGCUAACACCCGAAUCCCGAUCACUCACGCCAGAGGAUCGACGACGCAAAGGCGGUUCACAAGCAUCGUUAAUGGGUUCACGACAGAAUUCGAGUUCACGCAGCAAUACGCUCGAACGUAAACAGCGUUUAACUGAAGGUCAACCCGCAACGAAUAUAUCACGUAGCUCGUCAAGUUCAAGUUACAGUGGCGGCGGCGGUGGUGUUGUAAGUGCUGAACAACUUGAUGGCGGAGUUAUUAAUGUCAGUGCUGCGGUUGGCAGCGUUACUGGCAUGCCUAAUACCGCUUUGGUUGGAGCUACUGUCGUUAAUACAGGUAUGGUGGCUUUGACCGGUAGUGGUGGACGUUCACAGCAUCGUCGGUCGCUGGGGCGGAAUGCCAAGCAGGUGGAUGAGCAUCGUAUACGACGUUCGAGGUCUCUACAACUCAGCGAACGUUCACCGAACCGUUCACACAAAGUUAUCGUGUCCAUGGGACAAUCACAAGGGCCCGCCGUUACCUAUCACACACCCAGCGUGCAGUCCACCUACCAACAAGCCGGCGUACGGAUCAGCAACGGAAACGCCAUGCCCGCGCGUCCACCCAUACGCACCAGCAGCAAAUCGCAGUCGCUACUACUGAGCGGCAACAACACGAGUGCCGGACGAACGCGAAAUAAUGAUAUCGACAAAAGUCGCUCCUUCGAUUUCGACUACUGCAAUUACAGCACACAAGUGGCGCUUAAGGGACACAGUCACGCCGUGAGCGGCGGCGGCAGCGGCAACAACCCAAACGUGCCGCUUCGCUUGGACUUCGACAAGAGUCGCUCUUUCGAUGAAGACUACCGUGAACCACUGAAUGCGAUCAGCAAUAAUAUGGCCACCACCAACGGCAGUGGCAUGCGUUAUCUGCAAGCAAUCGCCGACCCCGGCAUGGGUGGCAACACUGGCAGCAAUAAUAAUAGUCGGAGCAGUCGCUUGCGACGCUCUUCACCCGUUGGCACGGGUAGUGGUGAACGCAACUCACGUUCACCACAAUCGUCGGGUUCAUCAUGCAACAAUCUCAAUAUACCACGACAAUCGACAAGUCCGCAAAAUUACGGCACACGACUAUGUGAUCAUGAACUCACCUACGAUAUGUUGCGUAAAUCACUCGAUCGUUCACCGAUUAUGGAUUUUCGACGCGGCGAUAGUGGUGAAUAUGAUUUGCCGCCUGCGUUGUUGCGUAAUCGCGAAACGAUCAAUAGCGGCGGCAAUAGCGAAUUGAAUUUCUUCAAUAACGAUCAUAUCUACGAACAGCCGACCACAAGCAAAGCUUCGGUGAGUGCAACAGGCAGCUCGUUGAAGCAGCAACGUUCACUCGGCCGCACACACAGUCCCAGCGAAUCGCAGUACUCGCUGGAGCGUCAACACACCAACACAACGGGACGUGAGAGCCAGCUGACGCCGGAGAGCGCAAGCGGUGCUGGCGAUUACCGUGGCGAGCAUAUCUAUCGGCAUCCGCAUACGCGCGAAUCGUCGCGAGAGAGCGCUGCACGCAGCGGUGGCAGCAGUCGCAACAGUCAAAAAUUGACAAACGCGAAAACGCCCACAGCAAAUAAGUCAACAACAAAACCAAUUACAACAACAGCUGUCAGGGGCAAUAAAAAUCCCUUAAAACGUCAAGAAGCAGUAUUGAAGUCGCAAACCACCUGCUCAUUUUGGCCGCAUUGUGGCGCUUGCAAUCCGAAUGCCACGCCCCACACCCAACGUCAAAUGUCAUUGCAGGAACAAAAACAAUUGACAAUGAAUUGUCAGCGCGCAGCCGAAGUUGAUGUGCCACUACGUCGCUAUCAUUCGGCACACGCGUCUAACGGUACAGCCACCGAGACAGUGUCGCAAAUGAGAAGAAGUGGGCGUGAAAAAUCACCAUAUCCACCACACUUCAAACGUCACAAUUCCAACAUUUCCACUGUCAGUGUCAAUUCUAAUUUCAAUGUGGCGGGAGUGGAGCACAAAAAUAACGGUACAUUGGCAGGUGUCACCCGUAGUAAAACGCAGUGGACACUUUUAUGUAGCGGCGCUACACUUAUGGAUUGUAUAGAAGAAACGCAUGCGAAGCCAACAAGAACUACCGCAGAUAACAAAAACACUAAACGUGGACUAACAAUGAAGUCGGCUACCACCGACGCCGGCUCAAGUAAAAAUGACACUUUGACAAGUCGUGCUGCGGCGUCGUUUGCAGUCAAAUCAGCCAGCAUGCCGGUACCUGGCACUUCGUCGAUAUUUUUAGGCGAAUGCGAGAUGCCAAUAACGCGCGAACGCGAAACAUUCAAGCGUUAUAAUCAAGACAGGGAAGUGCGCGAAUGUGUAAGGGAAGUGGUAGGCGAAUGGGUGUGGAAACGCGCGUCUGAUAAUGCUCGGCAACCCAUUCGUCGUGCAACUGCCAGUGUCGACGACUACCGAACGAUACGAGAUAAACGAAACAACGAAUACAUCGAUUACAGCGCGAUGCGAUACAGAAGGCAGUCCGAGGAUGUUGGACUCUAUGGCGGCAACAAGGUGGCAAAUGCUUGUAAAACUAACAAAUCUAGACCAGCAGUUGCAGUUAAAGUAAUGGCAACAGCAACAACAACAACAACAGCAACAACAAAAACCGCAACAUCAACAUCAGUAUUUGGUAAACAUGCAAAACCAUUGCCAACAAGAACAACCAGCGCAACUGCAACGUGCGGCAUGCCACAUUUGAGAGAACGCUAUUGGCGCAGCAGCUCACUGCCGAAUAUAUGGUUACCGAGUCACGGUUCACCCAGAGCCAAAAAUCCCAUUGCAUUACCAACAGUUAAUGAUGCGAAAAGCAGUUAUGCGCCGAAUUUGACCCACCAAAUGCGGGCCGUCUCGAGCCCUUCCCUCACAGAUGCUCUACAGGAGGAGCUCAACUACGCUUCCGUUGGUCCUACUGCCGCUCCAGCCGUAUUUAACACGCAUACACAAGCUUCCGGUGCCUCCGGUGACUCCACACCGACAAUGGUCACGGCAGCAACAAAUAACCAAAGCAACAGCAACAAUACCAGCAAUAACAAUAACAACGGCGCCCGACCAUUAGGAAGCCUGCCGAGUAGUCAAAGUGUAGGUGUGUUGCAGAAAUUCAAACGCACGCUCACCAAUUUCAAUAAGCCAGCCCAGCAGCAGCAGCAGCAACAACAACAGCAGCAGCUGUCGCAACAUAUAACAAGCAGCAAUAGCACACAAGCGCUUGUCAUGAGCCACUCAACGUCGUCUACAAGCGCCACCAUAACGGGUGGUGGUAGUGUCGGUGGCAUCAAUACGAUUGCCAGUGAAAAUCAAUCCGAUCAGUCGACGGCGAAUGUCGCGCUCGAAGGUACAGCGGGCAAAUACCGUUUUGGUCCGCUAAUAUGGCGCUCAUCGAAGGAGCGUCGCAAGACGAAGUACAAUCGUCGAGAUAAGUGCAAUAGCGGUGACUCGGGCAUACAAAUCGAACUGGACAAUGAUGAACAAUUCUCGCGCAUUAUGCUGCCGGCCAAUUGUAUUGGCGGUAGUGGGGGUGUUGUAGGAGGUGUCAGUGUGGCAACUUCGAGGGCAACGGCCUCGAUGACAGCGGCACAACGCAUUGCAAAUGAGAAGGUCACGCAGAAAAUGCGCACUGUGCGUCGCGCCAACUCAGCCAAAGCUACCAGCAUGGCAGAUCAGUCGGCAACAGCAGCACUCAAUGCCAAAGCAAAGAUACUCAAACGCAUGGAAAUGUACGGCGGCAGCAUGGAACGCGAAGCGCCAGAAUCGCUACCGGCGCGCUCGCUAAGUCAACCCAACGGUUUGGAUAUGUGCGGCAUUGGCCGAACAACUGGCGAUAUGGAAGACAGUGAUAGCGACAGCGUAACCUCACAUGAAGAAGCGCCAAACUACUAUCCGAUUUAUGCUGAAGUGCUGUACAGCUUCACGGCGGCCGGUCCCCAGGAGCUCGGCCUCGAACGUGGCACACUAAUCGAAGUGCUGCGCAAAGAGGUCGGUCCCUGGUGGUUUGGACGCAUACGCAAAGAUGAUAAUAAUACGCUAGUCGAAGAGAUACUCGACCCCGAACUCGGUUGGUUCCCCAAGGAGUUCGUGCGCGUCAUACAGUGUCCCAAAACGGAUGUGUUCUUCCUUUCGCAAAUGUCGACAAAUGCCCCGACAAGCGCUUGCAAUACACAACAUAAUACUCUAACAACAAAAAGUGGCAGUUUUAGGAAAUUUACCAAAGCAAAUACUGCAGGCACAACAACACCUCCAGCAGGCUCCACCACCACAACAAUGCCGCAAUCAUCGACAGUCACAAUGACCAGCGUCGCCACGGCUGACUCCACAGUCGACUUGGAUGCGACCAUUGUGGAUGAGAAUAAUGUGACGACCAUUGUGAUUGAAUCGCCCUCGUACGCGAGCAUCGCCAAUGUGCCCUGCAACGACAACAGUCAGACGCCACUCAGCGGAAACGGGGGCAGUAGCGUCACAGCAGAUUCUUCAAAUCCCUCAAAUGCGCUGGCUCCAUCGCGCAGCAUUAAUGUGAUAAUCGACAGCGCGGAUAUGCUGCGUCGCAGCGCGGUCAAAGAGUUGCUCGACACCGAGGUUAAUUAUGUCAAGCUGCUGGCCGCCAUUUGUGAGGGCUAUUUGCCGGCAAUGAGCAAGCGCAUCGACAUAUUUUCGCCGAAUAGCAUACGUUUGAUUUUCUCAAACAUCACGGCGAUCUACAAGUUUCAGCGUAAAUUUCUCGAGGCUUUGCGAAAGGGCAUUGAACAGAAUCAAGUGGCAAAAGUCUUCUUGAAAAUGCACAAGGGUUUUCUCUGCUACUCGACCUAUUGCAAUGCAUAUCCACGUGCACUUAUAGAAUUGGAGACUUACGAUCGCAUCAAGGAUGCUAGAACUAUUUUAGACAAUUGCCGCGAAUCAGAGAACCUUGCUGAGCUGCCACUCUCCGCACAUCUCUUGGCACCCGUACAGCGUAUCUGUCGCUAUCCACUACAUCUCAGCGAAAUACUCAAAGGCGCAACCAAAUGUAGUGAAAUGCCCGAGCAUGAACUGGGCGAGUACGAGCAAAUAGAUGUCAGUCAAUUAGAUAUACCCGAUACAUAUGAGAAAAUCGAUUUGGCACUGGAAGCAAUGCGCGGCAUAACAGAGGCGGUGAAUGAGGGCAAACGACAUAGCGAAACAAUUGCGCGCCAUCAGGCCAGUUUCCAGAACUUCAAGGGCCCACCACUGCACCUGCACAGCACGCGCUUCUUCCUGCAAAUCGAUGCCACGCGUCAAAAGCAAAAUCUCUGGAACAGCAGCUGCACGCUUUUCCUCUUCGACAACCAGCUGAUCUACUGCAAACGUGACAUCAUCAAACGCAGUCACUUCAUUUACAAGGGACGCAUCUUCCUCGAUCGCUGUCGCGUGGUAAACGUGCGUGACGGCAAAAUGUUCGGCCACAAUAUACGCAACUCGUUGCGCAUCUACUGUGAGGCGCGCGACAAGUGGUUCGAUUUCAGCUUCCGCUCGGCCAAUCGCAAACAUCGCUUCCUCAGCACGUUGGCUUUGGAGCGCCAAUUUGGCGGCAAGGCUUUCUAUGUCUCCGAAAUGACCGGUUUCGAGUACGCCUACGAUGAGCGCGACUACUCGGAUCAAUCUGACUACGAGUUGCCCGAGUGCGAAAACAGUAACAGCAGCGGUGGUGGUAAUAGCGCUGCUGCCGGAGUAGGAGCUAACGCUGGUUUGUCUGGCGCAACGCGUCACUGGUCCAUGGCGGAUGUGAGCACGUCGAAUGCAGGCGGCGCUUCGGCAACCAGCGGUGAUAGUUCAGUACCGGAAUCGCCAGUCAAACACAAAUAUAGCGACACUUUGCCGAAGAAAUCGCAAACACGUGACGCUUGUGGCGGCAGCGGCACCGUCAGCGAAAGUCAGACGGGCUCACUGGGACGCCGACGUUUGGGUAAUUGGUUCCGCAAGCCGAAGAGCAGCAAUUCAACGCCAAAUCACUCGCCCACGCACAAGGCCAACGAGCUGACGGCGGGUUUAGUGGGCGGCAGUGAGAAUAAUAUAUCGAUUAAUUUGGGUAGCGGUAAUUAUAUAUCGUCGGGCUCGUCGGCGUGAAUGCGCGGCUGUGAGUCAAUCAUAUUUUUGAAGCAUUAAAAAGAAAAAAA